AGGCAGGACGCCCGACGCCAUUUUGCUCUGCCAUUUUCAGCAACACUAUCGUGAAGCGUGGAGGUUCUUUAAAUUAAAAAUAUUUCCUUGAAUUUUCAUCAAUAUGAGUGUAAAGUGUUUAUUUAUUUAAUGUGAAAGUUUUAAUUACGUCAAAAUGACACAAUAUUUGCCUCCAAAUUUAUUCGCCUUAUUUGCCCCGCGUGACCCAAUUCCUUAUUUGCCACCGGCAUCAAAACUUCCCCAUGAGAAAAAAAAUUGUGGCUAUUUGGGUGUUGGAUCUUUUCUUAAAUACUUUGAGGAUCCCAAAGAUACACCGCCUCCUGUUCGAGUAGAGACACGUGAGGAACGACUUGAAAGAAGAAGACGAGAACGAGCUGAACAGACGGCCUACAAAUUAGAGCAGGAAAUUGCAGUUUGGGAUCCUGCAGGAAUUCCAAAUGUCACAGCUGAUCCUUUCAAAACACUUUUCGUUGCCCGUAUCAACUACGAUACUUCGGAGUCGAAACUAAGAAGAGAAUUUGAAGUUUACGGUCCAGUGAAAAAGAUUGUGGUUAAUCAUAAUACAAUAAAUGGAAAGCCGAGGGGAUACGCUUUCAUUGAGUAUGAGCACGAAAGGGAUAUGCAUUCGUGGUGGCCGCUGCCGGCAACUAGUGCCGUUCGCUAUUCCAUGCAAUCCCUGAACCUGCCUGAUAUGAUAGCUGCAUACAAGCAUGCUGAUGGCAAAAAAAUAGAUGGACGACGAGUAUUAGUGGAUGUUGAACGUGCAAGGACGGUAAAAGGGUGGCUUCCCAGAAGAUUAGGAGGUGGACUGGGAGGUACAAGAAGAGGAGGUCCGGAGGUAAAUAUUAAGCACUCAGGCAGAGAGGAUAACGAAAGGGAAAGAGAACGAUAUCGACUUGAGAGAGAACGGGAAGCCACCGGUCGCUUCGAUAGAGACAGGGAUCGCGAUCGAGCUGAUAGGGAAAGACGAAGAUCACGGGAGAGAAAGAGACGAAGUCGAAGCAGAUCUCGCGAUCGUAAGAGAAGGCGCAGCAGAGAAAGAGCAUUUGAUCCUGAUAUUGAGGAAAUUGAGCGUCCACCGCGAGAUCGUCGUGAUCGUGAAAGAGAUCGUGAACGUGAUCGGAAAAGAAGACGUUCAAGAAGCAACGAGAGAGAAAGGGACAGGGAAAGGAAGAGGGAUAAGCGAGAUCGUGAACGUGGUGAACGUGGUGAUCGUGAACACAGGGAUCGUAAGGAUCGUGGUGAUCGUCCCGAGGAGGAUACUAAGGUUCAAAUUAAAGAGGAGCCACUGGAUGAUUAUCCCGAGUAUACAAAUAAUUAUCCGAAUCCUGCGUAUUUCACUGCUGUGAAAUAUGAAAACGAUGAAGAAGAAGAAAAAUACAGAAUCCCAGAUAGAAUGAUGUAUGAUUCUAUGGCUUCUUAAUGAUUCAGAACGAUGAUUUUUUUUUUUUUUUUUGUUAAAUUUAAUGUGUAAAUUAAAUUACAAUUAACUAGGCGUAUUUUUUUCAAAAUACACACACAAAAAAAACACAUCGUUUUGCUAAAUAAUUUAAGCGAUUAAAUUUGAUCCCUUUAUGUGACUAGGACUAUGACACACAUUUAAUUGUUUGACAAAAUAGAAAUUGUUUUUUUUCCUAUGGAAGAAAGUGUAACAGUUGAAAUGUUUUUUUUUUCAAUUUUUUCUUGUUUUUAAUUAAAUAUACAUUUGUUUUUUUUUUCCUUCAGUUUUUCAAAAAAACACACGAUUAUUGUCAAUUAUUAUUAAUGGAUUUUUAAUAAAAAAAACAAUUUGUAUUCAAGAA